CCAAAAUGGUUCAGCAGACAACGAAACUUUGACCCCAUGACGAAGUUUAUAGACAAAACGUAAACAGUUAUGGACUUAGGUCCUCAGAUUAAUCAAGGCUUGAAACAUCUCUCAGAAUUCGAACUAACCAUGAGCAUCAUGAUCACGUUUGUUGUUGCCACCAUUACCAUCCUGGUUGUCCUCUUCUUUGGAAUAUGGAAGUUCAGAACAAAAGUGUUGCCCAGUCAAAGUGAGGCAACAAAAAAGUAUCGCUUCAGGAAACGAGACAAGAUGCUGUUUUAUGGCAGAAAGAUGUUACGGAAAGUUCGAAGUUUCACGAAGAGCACAAUAGCUGUGAGUCGUCAUGGUCGAAAGAAGAUGAGCCAGAAGGACAUGGUGAACAGACUGCGCAGAUUUUUAGAGAGAAGGAAAGAUUCAAGUCUACCACAGCUACGCUUAAAGGAACCGCCGAAAUCAUUCUUUGAAGCAGAUACACCAGAUGUUCAGGAGAUAGACAACAGACUGCCGUCAGAAGUCCUCUAUAUGCUGAGAAGCAUCAGAGUAUUUGGUCACCUGGAAAAGCCCUUCUUCUUGGAGCUGUGCCGACACAUGGAACCCCUCAAUAUCAAGACAGGCAAUUACUUGUUCAAGAUUGGAGAUCAGGAUGAUAGUAUAUAUGUGGUGCAGAGUGGCCAGAUCGAAGUGUUUGUCACUGAGAAGGAUGGGAGCCAGCACCUGGUGAAGAUGGUGACAACUGGGGACAGCAUCCACAGUCUGCUCAGUAUGCUGGACUUCCUCACGGGUCACCCAGCCCCUUACAAGACUGUUUCCGCCAAGGCAGCAGUGGACUCACUCAUCCUCAAGUUGCCUGCGUCAGCCUUCAGCUCAAUGUUCAAGAAGUUCCCUGAGUCUAUUGUCAGGGUUGUCCAGAUAAUGAUGAUCCGACUGCAGCGAGUGACAUUCAUGGCUCUCCACAACUAUCUGGGUCUCAGCAGUGAGCUCAUCAACCCUGAAAGUCGUACAGAUCUUCGUACUCUGUCCAUUCAAACCAUCGCCCACCAUGGCAGCCCUCACAAGAUCCACAAGUACUCCCACAGUAGUUCAGUUGGCGCUGGUGGCGUGGAGGCAGAGGAGAAAGCCGAGGAUGCAGACUCAAAACGACCUGCUUACGUCAGAUCUACAUCUGAGCAAGUUCCAGGUCGUACCAAGCUAUUGAGCAGCACUUCGGACAAAGAUCGCCACCCAUCCGACUUUGACACUGCUUGCAUGCGAGCCCGGGUUCCGAAGCAAGACAAUUACAGCAGCUCCAUCACAGGCUCACCACCAAGCAAACAGCUGUUCAAGGAGUCGGAUGUUGAUGGUCCAACAACGCCCAGCUAUCGACAUAGGCCCAAGAGAUCCAGUGGUCACGGGGACACUCUGGGGCUCAUGUCGGACAGCUACACAGACGAGUACAUCCUGGAGCUGGCACAGAAGGACCUCCUCAAUCUCCUUGGACUCACCGAUCCAAGUAUUUUGGAGGGUCACCUGAGUCUACAGUAUGUCAAGGCCGGUACAGCGCUUUGUAGACAAGGAGAUCAGGAUGCCAGCCUGGUGUUUGUAGUGACUGGGACGCUGCACAUGCUGCAACAGAUAGUUGGGGAGGAGACAAGGGAGGCUAUAUUGUUCACCGCCGACCCCGGGGAGAUUGUCGGGACGCUGGCUGUGUUGACAGGAGAGCCGUCACUCUUCUCCAUCAAGGCCAAGACAGACUCUAGGGUGGUCUCUAUCUCCAAGGAAGACUUCUACAUCAUCAUGAGGGAGGAGCCGUUUGUUGUUCUGAACGCUGCUCACACAACAGUGAAGAGAAUGACACCAUUUGUACGUCAGAUUGAUUUUGCUCUGGACUGGCAGAUGACUGAAGCAGGAAAGGCAUUGUUCAGACAAGGUGACAAUUCAGAGAGUGUGUUCAUUGUGUUGACGGGGCGUCUGCGUUCGGUGAUAACACUCCUAGGUGGCAAGAAGGAGCUUGUUGAGGAGUACGGUCGUGGGGAGCUGGUCGGCAUCGUUGAGGUCCUCACACAGACAGAGAGGGCCACCACCGUCAUGGCCGUCAGAGACACGGAGGUAGCUAAAAUGCCCUCAGAGCUGCUGAAUCUUAUCAAAAGGAAGUAUCCGCAGAUUGUCACUCGACUUAUUCACCUACUGGGCCAGAGGAUUCUGGGAAACCUGCAGAGUCGGAACACACUCGGUGCUCACAUAUCUAUGCCCUUCAGAACUGACAACCCUGGUUUAGAGAGUCGAUCAGUGUGUAACCUGGCAACUGUAGCUGUGUUGCCAGCUUCAGAUGACGUUCCCCUGACCAACUUCACCUUGGAGUUACAGCACAACCUCAGUGCUAUCGGUCUGACAACUCGCUUGUCAAGUGACAUCAUCAAAACUCGGCUAGGAAGCUCGGCCCUGGACAGUGUGAAUGAGUUCCGGCUGUUCAGCUGGCUGGGUCAGCAGGAAGACAUUCAUCGUAUGGUGCUGUAUCAGUGUGACUACACCAUGACAAGGUGGACCAAGAACUGUAUCAGGCAGGCUGACUGUAUCCUCAUUGUGGCUCAAGCUGACCAUGACCACACCGUCGAUGAAGUUGAGAAGGAGGUGGAAGGAAUCGCCAUCAGGGCCCAGAAGGAGUUGGUGUUGCUGCACAGAGAGGAUGCAGAGACUCCGAGGCGAACUGCAGACUGGCUCAAUGCUCGGGACUGGUGCUCACAUCAUCAUCAUAUCCGCUGUCCACCCAGGGUCUUCAGUAAAAAACCUCUACAGAAGAGGCUUGAUAUGUAUGACAAACUGUUUGAGAAGCCGCCACAUCGACAGAAGGACUUCUCCAGAUUGGCUCGCUAUCUCACAGGAACGUCCAUUGGCCUGGUACUGGGUGGUGGAGGAGCCAGAGGACUGUCUCAUGUUGGUAUGAUCAAGGCGAUCACAGAAGCGGGUAUCCCCAUAGACAUGGUCGGGGGGACAAGUAUGGGAUCUUUCAUCGGCGCCCUCUGGUGUGAGGAGCAGAACUACACUCGCUUCACACAGCGGGCCAGAGAGUGGGCAAUGGACAUGACCUCUCUCUGGAAGAAAAUUAUUGAUCUGACAUAUCCAGUUACCUCAAUGUUUACAGGUGGUGCCUUCAACCGAUGUAUUGAACAGGUGUUCAAGGACAGGCAGGUGGAGGACCUGUGGCUGCCAUACUUCUGUGUGACCACCGACAUCUCCAACUCCAGCAUGAGGAUACACACUACAGGUAGUUUGUGGCGGUAUGUGCGAGCUUCCAUGUCGCUGUCUGGCUACCUGCCCCCGAUGUGUGACCCUAUGGAUGGUCACCACUUACUGGACGGAGGAUAUGUCAACAAUGUUCCAGCUGAUGUGAUGAGGGCAUUCGGGGCCCAGACAACCCUCGCCCUGGACGUCGGCAGUGAGGAGGAGUCCAACUUCCUCAACUAUGGGGACCAGGUUUCAGGAUGGUGGUUACUAUGGAAACGGUGGAAUCCAUGGACGGAGAAUGUCAAGGUGCUGGACAUGACAGAGAUCCAGUCCCGGCUUGCGUACGUGUCAUGUGUGAGACAACUCGACCUGGUCAAGAGCAGCGACUACUGUGAAUACAUGAGACCUCCCAUUGACAAGUAUGGUACUCUUCAGUUUGGUAGCUACGAUGAUAUCUCGGACGUGGGUUACCACUAUGGGAAGACGUUGUUCAAUGGCUGGAUGAAGGGAGGCUACCUGGACAAACUGUUUGUUGAGAAGACGAAGGAAACAGAAGCAGGGCUGAAGAAGAAGCAACAGCAGCAGUCCCACAUCCCUGUCAUGGCCUACUUCACUGACCUGGCUGAGAAGGUGUCUAAGAUCACCAAGCCCAAGUCCACCGUUUUCUACCUCACGGAUGAUGAAUAUGAGACAGAGUACACUGAUGAAGAAAUGAUAAUAGAGGAAGAUGGUUUCCUUGAUGACGAUGGAAGUGAGCAUGAUGCUGAGAAGGAUGAAAACGAUGAAGAGGAGGAUCACCCUGCAGUGGAGACCAACCCUGUAUACUCCAGCUCAAACUCCGAGAACUCUGCAGCUGAGGGUUUGACAGCAAGGAAGAGGAAACCCAUUUCUGGUACUAAGCAGCCCACAUGAUGUCUCAGCACCAUUACAAACUAGCCAACACCAGCUCUAGCCACCAGUACAGACUAGUCUAAACUAGUCUUAACCAGUAUUGCCAAAGUGGUUUGUUCCACUAUGUGAUGUCUAGUGGGGGUUAGGACAACUACUGUUUUAUUUUGGGGUUUUAUUAUGUAUGCAUUUUAUUUUUACCAGUUUGUGUGAGUACACUGUAGUCUUAACUGAGACGUUAAGCAGUAUAGGCGUGUCUAUGAAUUUCUGAUUAUACACCAGGGCAUUUAUCUAUUUAGAAGCUAUCUCUGUUUUCUUGUCUCUCUGUAUACUAACAUUAUAUACUACUCAUGGCAGCACUGAUUGGGGGAAAGAACAUUCUGUAGCUCUCACAGGGUUUCAACAUUUUUGUUUCAUGGUGAAAGGGUAGUUCACAUUGCAUUGUGCAUUGUACUCCAAGAUGUCUUUUUCUGUAUGAUGCCUUAUCAAUGCACUAUCACAAAAAAGUUAGUUGCAUCCAUUAUUUUUUAGUUUGCAGUUGAUUUUGUGUGAUAUGGUUUCACUAAAUGAUGAAUUUUAAGGGAGAUUGAUUGUAUAUAUUUGUAGCUGGUGUUUAAAGAAUCAGAUCCGACAAGACCGAAUAAGUGAAGAGUUACUUAGUGAUUACAUAAGCAUAAAGGUGUAAAGCUAGAUGAACAUCACAUUUUUUUAAGUAUUUACUCCAAGAAGAGGUGAAAAUGAAGAGGGUCAAAUGUCACUUGAGCUCUACAUACGUGUACCCUUACAGAAAUCAAAAUACAGAAGUGACAAAUGUGUUGCGAUGAAGACAAGGGAGUAAAACUGGUUCUCUCCUGGAUGCCAGUAGAAUCUAUCAUUAUACAACACGACAGUCGCCACUUUCCAACAACAAUAACCUAUUCCUGUAGUACGCAGUACUGAUGUUACAAAUAAAAAAGGGUGUAAUUGCUGCUGAACUAUUGAUACCAGUGCUGGUAUAAGUCAAAAAAGUCUGGAACAUUACCAGGUGAAGACAACUCUCCGAAGCACACUGACAAACAAUAUCUUUGUUCCUUUGUACUGCUCAAAUUAUUUCUAACAAACUGAUUGGGAAUUUUGCUAAUAUUCUAGCAUGUUUUAGUUAACUUGUUUUUCUUUUCUGCUGAACCUUAGUUGUUUUGUUAAUUAUGUGUUUAUGUUUGUUUAUUGCGUUGUUUGUUUUAGUAUUUUGGUGAAGUUUUACUUUGUAUCAGUCACAGGCUGUCUAUAGCAACCAUGUCCAAGAAACCUAUGAACUUCUUUUCAAAUGAAAGAAUUGAUGUUGGAUAAGAACACUUAAUUCCUUACGUUCUGGUUCAUACAUCUUCACCACCUAAACACAUUAAUUUGAAAAGGUUGAGGUCCUUGAAUUCUUUCAGACAGACAACCAUGCAUACCAUUAUAGUACUGCUAAAUUCUGUUAGCAUAGAGCUCAACUGAAUGUGUGCACCAACACAUCUUAAAGUCUGUUGCCUGGCACUCAUUCUUGUAUUUGAACCCUAGUGUUAAAAGCAGUGUUAAACUCAACUCACACUCUUGUUUAUCAAAUUAUUUUACCUGCAAUUUUCAUAAUCUUUCCUUUUUCAAAUAUUUAAAUAUUUUGUAUUACAUACUCUGAACACCUGAUACUGCAGUGCGUGGUUCCAUUGAAUUAACAAUAUAAACACUCACCCCUGUGGAAGGAAUGUCUGACUGCAGCGAGCCUCGUCAUGCACCAAACAAUCUGAGAUGGCAUGCGAUGUUACCUGACCUGCUUAGCUUGGAGGAUACAGACCAUGGACUGGCUUGUGCAGGGUCAUUAUAUUACGUCUGAGUGUACCCAUGGAGAUCAGGGUUAGAAUUGGCCUUCAGUAACCCAUGCUUGUCGUAAGAGGCGACUAAGGGGAUCAGGUGGUCAUGCUUACUGACUUGGUUGACACAAGUCAUUGUAUCCCGAUUGCAUAGGUCGAUGCUCAUGCUGUUGAUCACUGGAUUGUCUGGUCCAGACUCGAUUAUUUACAGACCACCACCAUAUAGCUGGAAUAUUGCUGAGUGCGGCGUAAAACAACAAGCCAAACCAAACCUGAGUGUAUAUAUCCAUGUUGUACUGUGGUAGUGGUUUCUCAGUAGCCUUUAUACUGAAUCAACACACAUCCUACAUAAGGCCAAAUAAAGAGAAUGUUGUGGUUCUGAUUACACCUCUUAAAAAUUUAGAGUAGGUAGGUCAGAAUUUAUUUUUUUUACAUAUUUUUUUUAGAAGUAUAGUACAAACUAAUAACACAUUUAUCAAUGUGUAAUUGUUUAUUCAAUAAAGCUUGUGGCCAUCAUAUCGACUUUCUCUAUCAGAAUGACAAAUAUCUGUUGGUGCUGGGAAAACACAAUGGUAUCUGAAAGCUUAUUUAUUCAUUCCGCUAAAAAAAGUAGGGUCGGCACCAGAAUUCAAGGGUCGGUCGGGUAAUCGGAACCACAACAUUUUUUUUUUAGGCCUAACUCUGAGUGAACAAAGUGACAUAUAUCCUAUUUCACCUCCACCUCAACCUCACCUCACCUCACCCUCAUAAGGAAUUAAGAAUUUUAUCCAACAUUCAACUUUCAGACUGCUCUCUUAUACCUUCGUUAUAAGGGAACAUUUUAUCCAAAGUCAUCAAAAGCUGUUGUGUGAUAGCAGUGUUUGGAGCUUGUGCCUCUACCCUUCAGCUUACAGAAACCACAGAUCUCAUGUUUGGUAUCUCAGUAGCAUUGUUAAUUAAUUGUCAUAGUAUAAUCUUGAUAUCACACUGGAGACUCAAUAAAACAGUUUAGUAAUCUCGAGUCACGUAGACAAACAAUGACAUCUGACAAGUGGUAUGGACGAUUAGAAAGAUCCGUAGUCAUACUAAAUUUCUGUUCUGCUGUAAUUGUGUGAAUGGAUUUGUAUUGAUCUAUACUAAAUGUCUAUGGUGAAUGUUGCAUAGUAUAAAUAGUUUUACAGUAUUAUACUUGAAUUGUCACAAAGUAUUGCAGUGCACUUUCACUCUGGAUCUGAACUGCUCUAUGGAAAUCUGUCCAGCUUGUACCUCAGUGUGUGGUCGGCAUCGCAACCGACUGUACCAUGUGAUCAAACACCAUGUGACAUGGUCCAGACAGGUCAUGUCCUUGAGUCAAUGAUCCUUUAGCAAAUGAUCAUUUUCACCUUUGAAAAUUUAUUAUUGAAAGACUGUAUGAUGAAAUGAAAGAACUUCAUGUCCUCUUGGCUUAGUAACUAAAUUUGCAACCAUACUAGCUGUCUUGUCAACAAGUCAUGAAGCUUGGAUAUAGUUUCUAUUUUCAACUUAUUUUGUUAACCUCAAUCUUGAUAUUUAUAUUCUGUUGGAGUAUAAUUUGCAUUCGAUGCUGUUGUGUGUAAGUUACACUGCCUUUUGUUAAUACCGAUGUACAUAUUGUGUGCUGUAACUGUAUAUUUAAUAUGAAAACUGUAUAGACUCUGCCUGAGUCAGAAUGAAUGACUGUGUUGAGUGUUUAAAGAACAUUUAGUCAGAGGUACAAUAGUGUGGAAUGCCCUUAAUUGUCAAGCAAAGAUCUCUUUAUUCUAGUGAACUGCAAUAAUGUUUUGUCCACAGUGUUACCAACUACAAACAGCAACCAGAUUCCUUGAAUGAUUUUAACUUUGUUUUCAAGGUUUCUGCCUGCAACAGGAUUCUGUUUUGCUUGAACAAAUGCAGAUUUGUCUCACUUAGUUGUGGAGUGAGUGAGUUUAGUUUUACGCUGCAUUUAGCAAUAUUCCAGCAAUAUCACAGUGGGAGACGCCAGAAAUUGGCUUCACACAUUGUACCCAUGUGGGGAAUCGAACCCGGGUCUUCGGCGUGAGGAGCGAACACUUUAACCACCAGCCCUUUUACCUGUGGAGGUUGUGCUAAUAACUACAUGUAUUUAAAUCCAUGUAAAUGCAUGUAGCAUUAAAUUUUAUCCAUACAAUGUCUAUGAUUUGAACCUCUUUAAAAAGGUUCUGCUAAAAGGUCAAAGCUCUAUAGUAAUGCCUCUGCAGGUCUGAAACUGUAUUUUGAAACUGUAUUUGCGUGUAUCUUGCCAAAUGUUCAAUGGGGAAGCCUGAGCUGGAAGAACAUGGUGGCUAUUAGGUUUUAAGGAAAUGACAAUGGUGCAGGUAUCAGUUCAUUCAGCUUUCUCUGUACAAUGUGUGAAGCCUAUUUCUGGUGUCCGCACUGGAUAUUGCUGGACUAUUGCUAAAAGGGGCACACAUAUAACUUAUUCUUUAGUUUAUAGCAAGAAGCAUUCUCCUGAAAGAGGUUUACUUGACAAGCCAUGUUGUCUCACAAUAAUUGCUGGCACAUGCCAACACAAGAUGAGAUUUUAAUCCACAGAGAAUGUUAAUGAUGUCUAUUUCUUUACAAUGACUGUUCCUUAGACAGGUAUUUAGUCUCCACAUGAGAAGGAUGGUUGGCUGUAGUUGGACUGCCAUCACUGUAGUCACAUUGAAACUGACAUAGCAACUACAGAAUCUGGACAUACCCAUUCGAGGUCAUGACUCAUCUAUGAUUUGUGGUAAUGUCUCACAUAUUACUUUGUCUUGAUAAUAUUUAUGUGCCAAUAUUGGAUGAAAGUAAUAAAUAUUCCAUGCAA